CAGGACUGUGGCCCAAGACAUUUAAAACAUCUUAGUUGAUACUGAUCAGGCUCCCUGGGGAAUAAGCCGACCACUGCACAGCAUGGGGACCGGCUGCCGCCCCCAGCGGGACGCACCUCUGGCUGGCGUUCUGCUACUCUCCGCAUGGGCGUCGUUGAGGGCGGCACCUGCAAGGGCAGCUUCCCCAGAAGCGCCUUCAUCGGCGGCGCCGUGGAGGAAGGCGCGCGUUGGCGCCCCCACGGCAAGCACGACCACGGACAACUUCACUGCGAGCGCGACCUCGGCCUCGACGGCCAGCGCGCCCCUGUGGGGCGGGCAGGCGCCGCCGGGCUUGACAGUGGUGGAGCUGCCCGACAGGAGGCUCACCCUCAGCAACUACAACGACGGCUACUCCCUACUGCCUGCCGGCCUGACCUGCUACGAGGUUGGGCUCCCCGACGUGCCGAGCUCGACGGAUUGCCAGAACCUCGCGAUGGUUGCUGCUGGCCUGAGCGAUAAGACUUUCACUGGAAUCCCGGCAAACUUGGGGUUCAGCUGUGUCUACAACGACGUCACGGACGGCGGCGUUCUCUAUUCCACAACCACUGGAGCAGCCACACAAGCAAACUCCGAUUAUCGGUACAUCUAGGGGGACAUACACGAGCACAGUCUCCUCCUCCGAGACGAAUUAUUGUCACAAUCGUGUUAUCGUUCCCGAUCCGUCAAUCAUUGUUGAGUAUUAUUUGUGUUGUUCUUCUGUUUCUUAUUUUUGUUGUGAGGGGGGCCCAACCUUCGUUUUCCCGCGUUCGCCUCCCCGAGCGCCAAGGGCGUUGUGCGCGUGUAGUCCCGCGCGCACGUGCCUCGUUCUUUUCGGCCACUUUUGAUGGGUCUUGCGUUGACUGCCUUGGGAGCUGCAGUCUGAACAUGACGAGGGCCCUCGAGGACGACCCAC